CGAGGGGAGUGCCAUCCGUUAUACCCUAUUCAGUCUUCGGGUAAGGUAGUCUGACUUGAUUUGUUCGUUACAUAGAUUCUUUUUAAAAGAGUUAGUAACCUGUAGGUUCUGUACGAGAAAUCCACCGAGCACGUGACAUAGGAAACAGAGAUGCGGAUUAGAUGGAUCACUGCUGUUCUGUUGCUGGCAUUACUGGCUACCUGUUCAGUUGAUGCUCAAAAGCGUCGCAAAGGUGAAAAGAGAAAAGAAUCUGAGGCGACGACAGCUGCACCAGCGCCCGAAGCUAGAGGUGGAAGACAACGUGGAGGUCGUCACACGACCACCACUACUACAACUACGCCGUCUACCACUACUUUAGCUUUGCCUGAGGAAGAGAUAGAGGAAGAAGUCCAGAUAACCAACGAAUCUCGGACGCCCGUAAAUGUUUGUCCACCCGAAUUGAAGCCUCAAGAGGGAAAGGUUCUACCAUGCACCUGCCGUGAUGAAUUGGACGAAAAUACUCUGAUGGUAGAAUGCGUCGCUCUCACAAGUGGGCAGCAAAUGCAUAAGAUUUUCAACACUUUGCUUCUCGGUAAGCGGAUUGACGGACUAGAAGUACGCAACUCGACUAUUGGACCCCUGGUGGCUCGCCAAACUGCCCAAGCUUAUGUUGGAAACAUCCUGAUGAGAGGCAAUCAAAUUACCGAACUUGUCCCUGGUACCUUCCAAGGAACUGAUCAAAUUGUCGGCCGUCUAGACCUCAGUUCCAAUCAGCUUUCUAGAGUCAAUUUUUCCAUGUUUGACUCGUUCACUCAACUCCAGGUCCUGAACUUGGGUGAAAAUCAAUUGACAAACAUCGAAGAUGCUGGUCAAGCACCCUCCCUAAGGGUACUUUAUCUCUAUUCCAACAGGAUCGACACAAUCGCUCCUAACGCUUUCCGGAAGCUUGGGGGUCUUGAAUAUCUGGAUCUUCGCUGGAAUAACUUGCAAGUUUUGGCUCCAGGCGCUUUACAUGUCACUUCUUAUCGUUGGCAGUUACGUUUGCGCGCCAAUCAGCUAAGCUCACUGGAAAAGGCAUUUGCGGAAGAUAAGAUGCCGUAUCUUGUUGACCUAAGCCUAAACAAUAUCGGUUCCCUAACUGACCGCGUCUACGGACCACUGAUCGACUCGGCAAUACUCGAAGGAUCCAAAUUUUACGUUGCGGGCAAUCCGAUUAUCUGUGAUUGCAGUCUUUCUUGGUUAAUUAAAAAUGCAAGACUACUAUCCAUUGUAGUGGGAGCGAGAUGCGAUGGUGACGGGACACACAUCGCUGAUCUUAACCAGGAUGAUUUCCGCAAAUGCCCUGCUCCACGGCCGUGGAAAUCCCCCGUAGAUAAAGCCCUGGAAGAUUUGGGUAAAGAAAUUGAUGCGCUGUAAAGCUCACCAUUAACAAGAAUUGUCAGAAGACAAUCGAACAACGGCUGAAGACGUUGAUGUCCCGUAGUAAUGAUCUUGUGGAAUACAACCACCAGCAAAUC